GAGCCGGCGGCCUUCCCAGGAAGGAGGAAAUAGCUGGGCGCAUCGGCGGCCAGGUGGAUCCUUAACUCAAGAUUUGAGCAUGAAGAGUUGUUUCCAGGCCGCCCUGAUCCUCCCCAGGUAACCACAGACCUCCCUGCCGCCGUUGUCCACACGGGAUGCCUCGCAUCUGCUUGAAGUCAUCCCUUGAGAGUUCAGCUGCUCUCUUUUCACUGUGGCGCUAAGGAUUUUGUGUAGUGCGCUCAAGGGGGUUUUGUCGCUGCUGUUGCUGCUUUCCGUUUAUUUAUUUUCUUUCUUUGAACUGGGCCGUGCCCUGCCGCUGCUGGCAUGAUGGCCCAGUCCAAGGCCAACGGCUCCCACUAUGCACUGACCGCCAUCGGCCUGGGGAUGCUGGUCCUCGGGGUCAUCAUGGCCAUGUGGAACCUGGUACCCGGGUUCAGUGCCGCCGAGAAGCCCACAGCUCAGGGGAACAAGACCGAGACAGGGAGUGGCAUUCUCAAGAGCAAGACCUUCUCCGUGGCCUACGUGCUGGUCGGGGCGGGGGUGACGCUGCUGCUGCUCUCCAUCUGCCUGAGCAUCCGCGACAAGAGGAAGCAGCGGCAAGGCGAGGAGAUGGCACACAUCCAGCACCAGUCGGGGGCCGAGCCUCGUGCCCAGGAGGAGGACAGCCAGGAGGAAGAGGAGGUCUCCUCAAGGUACUAUGUCCCCAGUUAUGAGGAAGUGAUGAACACUAACUACUCGGAGGCGAGGGAACAGGACCAGAACCCGAGGAUGAGCAUCUCCCUCCCCUCCUAUGAGUCCUUGACGGGGCUUGACGAGACGGGCCCCACGACCACCAGGGCCGAUGUGGAGACCAGCCCAGGGCAUCCACCCGACAGGCAGAACUCCAAGUUGGCCAAACGCCUGAAGCCACUAAAAGUUCGAAGGAUCAAAUCCGAAAAGCUUCACCUCAAAGACUUUAGGAUCAACCUCUCAGACAAAAAUGUCCCUCCUCCCUCCAUUGAGCCUUUGACACCCCCGCCACAGUACGAUGAAGUCCAGGAGAAGGCCCCCGACACUCGGCCACCAGACUGACGGCCCCCAGGUGUGUUCCCUCCUGUCACCCACCCUCCGCACCAACAGACCCCCCGUGAAGCCACAUCAGCUGCAAGGAGAAUCGGAGGGGCCAGAUGCAUCCUUAGCAGUUUGGAUGGGGGUGGGGGGCUCUGUGACGUGGGAGUGACUGAUGACCACAGAACCUCGGGUAGCAGGCGCGGGGGACGGAGAUGCUGCCUCGGCUCUCAUGAUGUCGUGGCCCAUUGAGGGGUGAGACCGGCAUCUUCCCCCUCGUUUUUCUUUGACUCUGAAUCGUUGGCGACAACACUCGUCUUUCCAUUAGGAAAGGGUACCUAGCAACUGGUUAGAUUGUGGUUUUGUUUGCUUUCACUUGGACUGUUUUGUUCUGCCUUUGCUUUCUUCACUGGAGUCCUGAACUGCGGGUAGGGAAUAUGACUCAGCUUUGUGGAAAAGACGCGGGGCCGUUUCGUGAAUGGAGCGAAACAAGAGGCUGCACGAUUAUGUGGGGUGAGGCCCAGCUGGGGCUCUCAGAGCCCCUGAUGCUGUCGGGUCUUUGAGGGCUCAAGGCCUGGCGAUGCGUAAGGUCGUAGUCUUACCUGGUGCCCUUCCCUAGUCUCUCCUGUGUCACAGCAAAAAGGAAGGCUGUGCGAGGUAUUCUGUUCCUUCCCAAAUGCCAUGCAGCUUAGCUUUUUAUAAUAAAAUAUUUCAUAAGUAGGA